UCCACAGAGAUACCAAUCCAUUUUACAGAAUCUUUUAAAAUGAGCAAAGUAAGCGCAGCGACUGAGCGGAAAACCAUGAUUCAGGAAAAGAGGAAACUCAUGGAAGACAAAAGGAUGAGCAUGGGAAUGAAAUCUUUUUACGCUUCUUUUAUUGGGAGCGGUUUUCGACCGAGCGCUGACUCGCGGUACUCGUUUACAACCAUGACAAGACGCCAUAAGUUUGAUAAACAUUUUAUUGAUAAUAAUUAUCAAAUUCCAGAAGAUGAGGUUUACGUUCCCAUAUAUCAAACUAUAUUUGACGACGACAGGGAUCCAGUGCAUGACCCUACCUUUUCAGGGCACCGUAUACCACUACAGAUUCGAUGUCUGGAGCGCUAUCACAGUUCCAAGCACGAGUACGCCCAGCAGUUUAAGCGGGAAAUAAAGCUCCUGAUCGACAAUCAGCCGACAGCUGAGAAUGCCUGGCAAUUCGUAAGGACUAUGGCGUAUACCUCACUUUGGCCGCCGCUACACACAAGAAAAGAACUUAAGAUGUUCGAAAAGGACUUUUGCAAACUUUCUCCAAAGGAGCAGCGUCGCUACGAUAAAAUAAUGGCAACCAAUUUUACAUAGUUUUUAGAUAACGUUUAACUUGUAAAAUGUUUUAUAUGUAGUUACAAAAAUCACAUGAUGAGACUCCAAAGAAAUGCCUAAUACCCUU